CAGGGCUCCUUGAAAAGAAAGCUGGUGGUAAAUCUGUCACCUGUCAACAACAAGAGACAAAAUGGUAUUUCAGAUAGCUCUUUCCUUGACAUCAAGAGGAUACGAGUGGGUGAUAAUCUUUCUUUGGGACAAGGCGGACAUCAUGUUAACAAUUGCCAAAGCCAGUCGAUGUCAGGAAAUUUGCCUGUGGGGCAAGGAUCACAAAGAAAGAGCAGCAACCUAACAAAUAAUACUCAUGCUGGUGGAAAUGGCAUGUUUAACAUGGCUUUAAAAGAGGUCAAGAAAGAACCAGGAGAAACCAUGUCUUGCAGCAAACACUUGGAUGGUCAGAUCCCCCAUGAGAACAUCUUUCCUAGCAGAUAUGGGGAGGAAACAGGGGAACAGAUGAUGGAUCCUGAGCUUCAGGAACUUUUUAAUGAACUGACUAAUAUCUCAGUGCCACCCAUGAGUGACCUUGAGCUAGAAAAUAUGAUCAAUGCUACCAUAAAACAAGAUGAGCCUUUUAACAUUGACCUUGGGCAGCAAAACCAGAGAGGCUCCGCUAGAGCCUCUCUGCAGAUGGAGAAAAUGGUGAUCAAAAGUGAGUAUUCACCAGGUUUGAAUCAGCCACCUGUAGGCUCCCCACAAAUGAGGCCUUCAUCUGCAGGCCCGUCCUUCACAAUGGCCAGCACUGCCAUGUCCACCUCAUCACCCAUUCCUUCAGUGCCUCAGAAUCAGAUGCAGCCGUCGCAGGUUUCUUCUGUCUCAACUCGACCAUUGACUAACUGGCAAGAAGUGUCUCAUGCGCAGCAGCUCAAACAAAUAGCAGCCAACCGACAGCAGCAUGCUUUAAUGCAGCAGCAGCAGCAGCAAAACCAGUCAGCCAGCUGGUCUACCAUGUCUCCAUCAGGACCAUCCCCAGGGCCAUUCGUACAGGAGAAAAUUCCCAGCCCUUCCUUUCAUCAGCAGCAGUUCAGCCCACAAAAUUCAGCAAUGCUUGGGGUACCUGUAAAUGGAAAUCAGUCCAAAGGGAUGAAUAACUAUGUUUAUAAACCGAACUCCACACCUCAGAGCAACCCCAUUGACAUCAUAAUGCAACAGAAGCCUCAGGACCUCAACAGAAACUUUAUAAACAACAGUCAGCCACCACUAGAGCAGCAUCCUGGCAACACAAAGCCUUUGUUUCACUUUAACUCAGAGCAAGCAAACCAGCAGAUGCCUUCAGUUUUGGGUUCCCAAAGCAAGACUUCUAUUCUUCAUUAUACGCAGCAGCAGCAGCAGCAACCUGCUCAGCCCCUUCCAAACCAGUCUCUUCAAAGGCCACCAAAUGUCCCCUUAGCAAUGCAGCAGAAGAUGAUGCUUCAGAAAAUGCAGCAGAGCCAGCAAAUCUCAGGACUGCAGUAUCCAGUCUCUCAACAGCACAGACAGGAUCAACACUCUGUGGUAGGCCAAGGUGCCGGCCCCAGUCCAAGUUCCAGUGCUUGUUCAAAUCCAAACACUGGAAGUGGUUACAUGAAUUCAUCCCAGCAAUCAAUGUUGAAUCAGCAGCUGAUGGAAAAGAAACAGGUUUUGCAGAGGCAGAUGAUGGAGCAAAAGCAGCUCCUCCUACAGCAACAGAUGUUGGCAGAACCGGAGAAAAUCAAUGCACAAGACCAAUUAAACAGACACUUGACAAGGCCACCACCAGAUUAUAAAGACCAAAGAAGAAAUGUGGUCAACAUGCAACAGGCCAACCAGUAUUCUGGUGGUUCACCAGCUGUAAGCAUGAACUCCAGUCUGUCUCUAUCAAACCCCAUUUCAACUCAUACCAUUUUGCCCCAAAAUUCUAGCCUUUUGUCAGCUCCACCUGGAACCAGGAUGCCUUCUAUUCCUGCAGCUCGGAACAUGAACUGCUAUGGAAACAUUCCUUGCAAUCAGCCCAGUGCAUACAGCAUAACUUCAGGAAUGAACCAAAUGCAACCACACAGAAACCAAAACCAAAUCAUAACAAGUCAAAACAACCCCAUGAUGUCUCGACCACAAACCCUGACACAAGGAAAUAAUGCAGCAGCUUUUGGGACUGGGUCAGUGGUCAGCUCUCAGCAGGUAAGACCAAGCUUAAGCCACGGAGCUACAAGUUUCCCAGCUCAAAGACCAUCAAAUGUUAUGAUCGCUUCCAGCACUACAGCUCAAAACUGGGCCUCUCAAGAAGCCACAACAAAGCAGCAGGACACACUGAAACCUGCAGGGGUUCGGUUCCCCACAAGCACACCAUAUCCUAACCAGGCUCUGCAACGCUCCCUAGGCAACCAGCAUUUCUCCCCACGUGCGAUGGUGCCUCCUAAUCAGCUAACAGCAGCAGUGCAAAUGAGACCUCCUCUAAACCAAGCACACCAAACAUUAAAUGGACAAACUUCUGGAUCACUAAGAGGUCUAAGCGUGAGACCUAACCAGCUAAGAGGACAGACUGUGCCUAAUUUGAAUCAGCCAGGAACAAGUAUGACCCCACCAUCAUCCCUGCCAUCAACCAGUUUUACAUCAACCAACCAAAACUCAAGGGCUUACCAAGGAAAUGAUCCUACUAGCGACUUAUCAUUUGACUUUCUUAACCAGCAAGGUGACAACAUAGGACCUGCACUCAAUAGUGAUUCAGACUUUAUAGAUUCUUUAUUGAAAACAGAGCCUGGCAAUGAUGACUGGAUGAAAGAUAUCAACCUUGAUGAAAUCUUGGGGAACCACUCAUAAGCAACAAUAUGAUGAUAAAACAUACAUGUUAAGAAGCAGCUGUUAACAAUAGUUUUCUUUUUAAAGGCCAACAAUCUGCCUUGUUUAUUUACACACUAGUAGUUGGGCUGUCUUUUAAAAUAAGGAAGCAAAUAGAGUGAUUGCUCUGUUUCAAGAGAUGGUCUGAGAACAAUAUCCAAUUCUAAAGCUUACCCCAACUAAAGUAUAAUGUAGGAUGAUAUUCAUACCUAACAACUCCCCCUGAGAGUACUCAAUCCCUGACAGAAUCAGGUCCUGUGUAAAUUCAACUGCUAAAAAAAUCUGCCUAAUAGAAGCAUACUUCUUUCUUUCCAUUGUCUUUUAUUUGUAUAUGCUCACAUACUACAUGUACCAUUUUCCACAAAAUCAGCCUUCCAAAAUUGGGGUCUUAAGAAGAGAAGCUGAUUUGUUUUCAAUGGAAUAGAAGCACUGUAAGAGACACUCUGUUAAAUGGCUGUCAAACGGCUGGCACUUCUCCAUGGGGCAGCAAGCAGUUUGCUAAACCUCUGACUGCAGCUAGUAAGGCAAUAGCUUUUGCCUAAAAAGCCACUCAGCUGGCCGAGGGUGAGCGAGCUGCUAUAUGCAGUCUGUAGUGUCCUGACGAGGUAUGGUGUGGAAACAACACUUGAUUAUUUACAGGAACUUACAUAAGGAACUAUGUAUAGUAAUGAAGUAACUGUCUUGCCACUGCCCUUGCAAGGGUCUGGGCCAUAGCCUUGUUGCCAUUCUGCCAUGCCAGGAAGUUCCUGCUGCCUCACACAGGUUGUCUCCUGGGGUGCCACAGUUCUGUGUUUCCAGGAGGACUUACCCCAUGUCACAGAGUUGGCCAUGACUUGGGAAAAAAAUCUUUUUUCUGCAUUCUGCUUUUCAAAAGCAAGGUGCAUAUUUUAUUUGGGGGGCAUGUGAUAUGUGAGGAAAUGCAGUAACUUGUGUAGAAAGUAGAAGGACAAAUGAUUCCUUUAAGGGAGCUAGGAAGUGUCUUGUGUGAGAGAGAUCCCAGAGUAUUCUAGCUUUUACUGUUACUCCUGGCCUUUUGUUUGUAACUGCCUGAGAAAUGUAAUAAGAAGGGCUAUUCUAAAAAUGAGUAAUAGCAUCAGUCUAGUUUCUGGCAUAAAUAUGUGACGAGCCAUUACAAAAUCUAAGAGCCAGAGCCUACGGCUUUGGUCCCUCAAGCAGAUUGGUGACUUCAGUGGACAGCUUGAGUGAAAAAGGUAGACAGGAUUUGGCUCUAAAGAGCACUUUCCAAUCUAAACCCAAGUUUUCUACAUGGCCAAUUAUUUACUUAUCCCUUAAUGAAAGGUUGAUGCAUAUUUCUGUAUAUAGAAAGACAUCUAUUUUGAUUUUGAUUCAAGAACAUGCCAUUCAGUGAGGGGCUGGUGAAGAAUAUCGAUAUCUCCCUCAUUCUUCAGGUCAAGGGAGUCCAAAAAGUGAUAUAUAUGAGUGCUAAGAGCACUGAU